AUGACUCGAUCCAAUUCUACAGGAGAGUUGGAAUUUGAUCCAGAAAUCGAACGCAGUUUAUGGAAGUUGCGAAAAGAGUCACAUCAAGCAAGUUCUUCAUCUCCUGGUCUCAAUAUAGCCCUUGGUUCAACAUCCCACAGUUCAUCCAAUGAUCCAAAUUUAGAGAUAGAAGAAGAGAUGGCCGCUGGCAAAACAUUAAAGGAGUUGGCUGCCCUUGAUUUUAAUCAGCAGCCUUUGUGUAUUCAGUACCCUACUUUAGAUGUUGCUUUUGAAUUGAAGUCUGGUCUAAUUCACUUGUUGCCUACAUUUCGUGGUCGUGCAGGUGAAGAUCCAAAAAAACAUCUAAAGGAGUUUCACGUUGUCUGUUCAAGCAUGAAAAAGAAAAGAGUGACAAAAGAGCAGAUUAAGUUGCGAGCUUUUCCUUUUUCGUUGGGGGAUGAUGCAAAGGAUUGGCUCUAUUAUUUACCAUCAGGGACAGUCACAACAUGGAACGAGAUGAAAAAGAUGUUUUUAGAAAGAUAUUUCCCAGCAUCUAGAGCUGCCACCAUCAGGAAAGAGAUAUGUGGGAUAAGGCAAUAUAAUGGAGAGACGUUGUAUGAAUAUUAAGAGCGAUUCAAGAAGCUAUGUGCAAGCUGUCCUCACCACCAGAUAAGUGAUCAAUUGCUAAUUCAGUAUCUCUAUGAAAGAUUGCUGCCUAUGGAAAGAAAUAUCAUAGAUGCAGCAAGUGGAGGUGCGUUGGUGGAUAAGACUCCUGAAGCUGCCAAACAAUUAAUCUCAAACAUGGCUGCCAAUUCCCAACAAUUUGGUACAAGACAUGAUACACCACCCAAAAAGGUGAAUGAGGUAAGUACAUCUUCCAUUGAACAACAAUUAUCUGAUCUUACCUCUCUUGUUAGACAAUUGGCGAUAGGGAAUGCUUAUGGAGGAAAUAGACAAGUAGGAGGUGGACAUAAUUUCUUCCAGAAUAGACAACAACAAAGUUUUCAACCGAAGCAACCUGCCUCACAAAGUUCAAACUCAUCCCUGGAAGAUAUAGUUAAGUCUCUUGCUUUGAAUACCAAACAAUUUGAACAAGAUACAAGAUCUAGUAUUCAAAGUCUGGAGAAUCAGAUGGGUCAAAUGGCAACUGUUAUAAGUCGUUUAGAAGCUCAAGUUGGAGGGAAGUUGCCUUCUCAAACACUGGUGGAUCCAAAGGAGAAUGUGAAUGUAGUGACACUAAGAAGUGGCAAGAAAGUGGAAGAACCAAAACUGGACAGUCCAAGUGUAGCAAAGGAAGUAGAGAUUGAAGAUGAAAUUGAGAAAGAAGAGGCUACAACUGAAUUAAAGGUAAUUCCUAACCCUUCAAUUCAACUUCAAUCUAAUACUUUACCUUUUCCUGGCAGAUUCGCGAAGUCAAAGAAAGAAGAGAAGGAUAAAGAAAUUUUGGAGAUGUUUCGCAAGGUGGAAGUGAAUAUACCUCUGUUGGAUGCAAUUAAGCAAGUGCCAAGGUAUGCGAAAUUUCUUAAGGAGCUAUGCACCAAUAAGCGGAAGUUGAAUAGUGAUGAGAAGAUAAUAAUGGGAGAAAAUGUGUCAGCAGUUUUCCAAAGAAAACUUCCUCCCAAAUGCAAGGAUCAAAGUAUGUUUAAAAUUCAGUAUAAGAUAGGUAACACCAGGAUUGAGAGAGCUAUGUUAGAUUUAGGAGCUUCGAUUAAUGUUAUGCCACGAUUUAUUUAUGCUUCAUUAAAUCUAGGUCCUGUGAAAGAUACUAGUGUUGUUAUCCAAUUGGCUAAUCGCACUAAUGCAUACCCUGAAGGGGUAGUUGAGGAUAUUCUUGUGCAGAUCAAUGAGCUAGUGUUUUUGGCUGAUUUCUACAUUCUGGAUAUGGAUGAUUCCUCUUCUCCUGACCCUGCACCUGCACCUGCACCUAUCUUACUAGGAAGACCAUUCCUAAAUACAGCUCGGACAAAAAUAGAUGUUCAUGAUGGUACCCUCACGAUGGAAUUUGAUGGUGAAGUAAUUCGUUUUAAUAUGUUUGAUGCCAUGAAAUAUCCAAAUGAUGUUCAAUCUAUUUUUGCUAUUGAUGUUGUUGAUCCUAUUGAUUCCAUGGUGCAAGAUAUCUUUGAGUUGAAUAAUGCAGAUGAGUUAGAGGUUGCCCUUCUCAAACAUGUGGAAUCAGAGUAG